AAGCAUACCAAGAAUAGUGAAUUAAGCUGUGUUUCAAUAAGCCAAUUGAAAAUGGAAGCUCAAGAAGAGAAGGUUUAUGUUGCACUUGGGGAUGAGCUGCAAGAUGGAUAUAAGACCUUGGAGUGGACAUUGAGGAGGUGGAAAUCUCAGCCCAUUUCCAUUGUCAUUCUCCAUGUAACCUACACACUUUCAGGAAAGGAUUAUGUUUACACCCCAUUUGGGAAGCUCCCUGCAAGUUGUGUAAGCGAUGCGAAGUUGAAAAUUCUAAGGAAGUAUGAGCAAGAAAAGAUUGACAAAAUCCUUUCCAAGUAUAUAGCUUUCUGUGGCAAGGUAAAAGCUGAGAUACUUAAUGUGGAGAAAUAUGAUGAACCUAUUCAUAAGCUCAUCCUGGAUUUGAUUUCGGGGCUUCAUAUAACGAAAUUGGUCAUUGGAUUUGCUUUCAUCAAAUCAUCAUCAUGGAAAGCAAAGACAGCAAUCGGUGUAUCAUUUUACAUCCAUGAGCACAAGGUUGAGUCUUGUGACUUAUUCAUAAUAUGUGGGGGGAAAGAGGUUUUUCUGAGAGGAGCAAAUUAUCAGAGAAUCAUGGAGGAUGAUAAAGGAGUGAUGGUUGCAAAGCUGAAAGACAAGGUCAGCUUCAAAUUUUUUAUAGAAAAGAUGUUCCUGGAAAAUCGUCGCAGCCCAUUUGCUUCAUCAACAAGAAAGGACUCAUCCAGCAUGCAAAACCACUGGGAAAAUUGUGUUCAGGAAAUUGAAAUUUACUACCAAAAGUUGUGUUCAAAUUUGGAUGGAGAAGAAGAUUAUGAGCAGGAAACUGGUACUUCUCAGCAGCCUAGUCCAACAGAGGCCAUAAUGCUGGAAAUGAAUGCCAACCCUAAUAUGAGCCUUGCAGAAAGAAUCGAGUCUCUUAGAAAAAAAAUAAGUGAAACUCAUGAGAGAAUACGACUGAAGAAAAAAGAAACCAAGGCAAAUGUCGAAAGGCAUGCAAACGCAGAACGAGCCAUUUGUUUAUGCGAGCGCCGGGCUCAAGAGUUAGAGGUUCAAAUUAAAGAAGAGGCUGGAAAUCGAACAGAGUUGAACAAAAAAUUAAACACAGAAAAAGAACAACUCAAUGAAGUAAUAAACGACAUUGAAGAAAGCAAGAACAGGAUAAAGUCAGUCAUAGAGCUUCAAUCUGAGCUUUCACACAAGCUCCAUCUUUCCAAAAUGGCAAAAUCACAAGCGGAGGCCCAGCUACAGAAUGAAGUGGUUAAACGUGCAGAAAUGGUGAGAGAGAUUGAAGUACUGCGGUGCGGAAGAGAUGUUUUUCGACGGAGGAUUGAGUUCUGUAGAGAAAAAGAUGGAAUUGGAAUGGCAGCAAGGUUGAGUGAAUUGAGCUGCUGUCUUAGGGAGUACACAGACGAGGAGAUCAAACUGGCCACUGAUGAUUUUUCAGAGCUUUUUAGAUUGAAAUCGGGAAGUGAUUUGAGCAGUGUUUAUAAAGGGCGUAUCAACCAUGUCACAGUUGCUGUCAAAGUUCUUAACCAGGCUAAUGGACUGUCCCAAGAAGAUUUUCAAGCUAAGCUCAUCAGCAACAUUAGACAUCCUCAUCUCCUUGCCAUGAUGGGCUACUGCUCCCAGCCAAGCUGCAUUGUCUUUGAGUACAUGCACAACGGCAGCUUGCGGGAUAUCUUAUUUUCCACCAAGGGAAAAGGCAAUCGGGCCAGGGCCCUCUGGUGGCACGACCGCGUCCGCAUUGCGGCCGAGGUUUGCUCGGCGGUGUGCUACCUCCAUAUGGCUCUGCCCAAACCCAUUGUUCACGGUCACCUCAGCCCAUCCAACAUCCUCCUCGACCGCAACCUUGUUGCCAAAGUCAGUGGGCUUGGGCCCAACCAAUACAACUACGACGAAAGCCAAGUUGGAUGGGAUAUACGGGCUUUUGGGGUUUUGACUCUCAAUCUUCUAACUGGAGGCAAUUGGAUUGACGAGGAUAUGCUCAUGGACAAGGCAGGCCUGGUCCGGGUUUUAGACGACAAGGCUGGCCCAUGGCCAUUGGAUUUGGCAGAGGGACUUGUGGGCUUGGUGUUAAGGUGUUUGUCCAUAAACAAUGGACCCAAUAAGGGAUUAAAAAUGGUGACAAUAAUGGAAGAGCUUGAAGAAAUCAGAAAAAAGGGUGAUGCUCUAAUAGCAACAGGAGGAUAUGGUUGUGUAGAUGGAGACGUCUCCAUUGAUGUCCCACGUGUUUUCCUCUGCCCCAUAUUUCAGGAAGUGAUGAAGGAUCCACAAGUAGCAGCAGAUGGAUUUUCAUAUGAGCGAGAAGCCAUUGCAGAAUGGUUGCGAAUAGGGCGUGAUACGUCUCCAAUGACAAAAUUGAAACUUGACCACAAGAUUCUAGUCCCUAAUCACAACCUUCGUUCUCUUGCUCAAGGCUGGCAUGACAAGAGAUCACUUUCAUAUCCAUAAUAGUGAAAUUAAUUGCAGCUCAAUGUAUACGAUUUCUUUAUUGCUUUGGUUGUGUAAACAAAUUCUUUUG